AUGACGGGAGAUAUAUUUGGCGAUGGGCAGCAGGUGCAGCAGGCGAUAAGCUGGAGCCAUUUCGCCCAGCUGUGCACCGUGUGUUUGUAUGUACUGCAGCAAGUGGGCCUCUUGUACCACAUUGCAGUCUACUCUGUGUCACUGCUCUUUCUUGCAGCUGCAGAUAUUGUGCUUCUCCUCAUGCUGCUGCUCGGCGGCAGCAGCGAGUAUGCGGCCAUGGAGGGUGGCACCUGCUGGGUAGUCUACUCAUGGGCGUUAUCAGUGAAGUAUUUGGUCUACUUCUUCGUCAUUUAUAGCGGAGGAGGUCCUCAGUACGGCGUCGUCUUUGAAGGGCCGACAGGGGGGGUGCUCGAGGUUGGCUUGCUCUUCUCUUUGGGGGCUGGCAUCUAUGCGCUUCUCGCCUUUCGCGCCUCCGAUACGCUCUUUGGAGGCAUCACUCACUUCAGCCUCGACGCCAUGCUGCAUACGGACGCCGUGACACACGUCGUCAUCGACAUCAUCGAUGGCGUUUCAGCCUUCUACGCGUACUCCAUUCUCCCGGAAGCUAUCUACGAGCAAACCAGCUGGCUGCACUUGCUGGCGGGAAUCCUCGUGCCUCUCGCGCUCUUUCUACACGGUUACUCUUUCCCCUCCGCUGGUGGAGGCGCACAGGGUAUGGCAUUCGGGAGGUCAGCAGCACUCCAAGCAGGAGGCCCCUCCAAAGAUCUAGGAGACAUGCAAACGAUGCGCAAGCACGCAGCCAUCGUGGGAAUCUUCUUUGUCGAUCUGCCCUUGCUAGGACUGAGGCUCAUCACGUGGGCGUACUACCCAACUUGUGACAGCUUCUCUCCGUUCCUUUUUAAGAACAUCUGCUUCAUCCCGAUUCAGCUCGCUCGCCUCCGUCAGUGCGCCGUGGCAGAGAGGCAGCGGGCUAAGGGGGAGGAGGGGCUGUUGGAUGGAGGGAACGGAGGUGCCUAUUCGAGUGCGCUGCGAGAGCUUCCUACAAAGGGGUCUCCCCUGCCGCGAUCCAGCGCCGCCGUGAUGGCACUCGAAGACAUGGCGGACAGGGAGCUGCCUGCGUUGCCACGAGAGGAAGAGGCGUCGUCUAAGCGCAGGCGGGUAGGGGCAAUUGCCAGUGCUUACAACAAGGAAGCACGCAGAGAUCGGGAAGGGCCUCCUUAUAAGCCUCUGAAAGCGCGUGCACAACCAGAGGCUGCAGCAGGCAGCGACACAGGCUACCAUGGUCAUCAGGAGGGUGCUCAAAAGCGGAAGAGCACCGCUGAAGGGGCCCUUAAGGGCCUCGCUUUCUGGAGGCGGCAGCAGCAUACCAAGGAACUCGCAAGAACCGAGAGCACUGAGGAAAGUUUUCUGGAUUAUGAUGCAAGCCUCUCCCGGCUGGUUGCAGUUUGCCGGUCCGCAAGUCAAACGGCAAGGCGCCUUCCAACCCCAGGUUUCACUGUCAGGAAGAUCUUCCAGAGACUCCUCUAUGCUUUUCGCCAAUUGGGAUCUCGACACAGUGCGGCCGUCCUGCUAAGCAGCAGCUUCCCCGUUACGUUCCUACAGAGCGUUCGCCUCAGCUUCCCUUUCAUGGCAAGCUGGAUCUGCCGUCUUGCACUCACAUCCACCGUCUUCUUCUUCUAUAGCGUAAGCAUCUCGCGCUUCUACUCGCGCCCUAGUCCACCUGCCACCCUUCCGGAAGAGGUGUCUGCGGCAUUAUGCGAUUCGUCCUGUGGCUGUGCCUUCGUCCGUACAGCAAAACCGUCGGCGUUUCCUGCUAAUAAAUUUCGUGUUCUUGAUAUCUCCGCCUCUUUACGAUCGACGUCAUGGCUUCCGGAAAGUUUACAGACUUCGGAGUCUUUGCUGACUUUCUGCAACUCAACUCUAGCAACAGCGUACCGAGUAUUGGGAGCUACUGCCUUUGCAUAUUCGCCAUUGAACCGGUCAGAAGGAUUCACACUUCCUGUUACUAAGACAGGUGCUCCCUGUCAGCGUCGCUUUUCGAUGGAUCUCGCUGCUGCUGCUGCUUCCACUCUGGAAUGCAGCUGUGCAUCCGUCUUGCAGUUUUCUUUCUGCGGUCCUUGUGAAAGGCUACUCCCCCCUUCCCCCCUCUCCCCCUUCCACGCCCGCUCCUCAAAAAACGGCGGCUCGCUCUCCUUUCCGCCGCUCUGCUGUCUGCAGCUUCUGGGCAUUUUGGUUUCCCUCUACCCCUUCAUCUCCGUUUUAUUGGGAAGAGAGACGCUUACGGACGUCAUCCCUCCGCCAACCAGCAGCAGAAAAGCAUCCAAGACUCUUGAAGCUGCUCAUGGCCGACCCGAGAUGGAUUUCGCCCAGGUCGAUGAGCAACCUCGAGCCGAUGAAGUGGAGAUUAUAUCAACUGCCAGCUUGAUGCUCUUCAUAUCCUGCCGCGCGAUGACCGCCCCCAUAUCCAUGCACCAGCUGCUCAUUGGACCCAACCUCAUCAAAGCCGUCAGGGUAAACGAUGGCUUGCUGCGAGCGCACUGGCGAUCCGUCCUCCUGUGCUUGUUGGUUCGCGUGUGGUGCUGCUGCCUCUUUUUCUCCUUCCCGAAUUCAGUCGGCCAUCCAAAUGUCCAUCCCAGU